AUGGCGCAUGAUACUUCGAACGCGUCUUCCCCUCACUCCAAUCCGUUGCCAGCCGAUCAUGGUCCCCCGUUUUCUUUGCCUGAAGACAUCCCUUCGUCUAUCUCGGAAGGCAACAAAGCUAUGGAAGAAGGGUUACCGUUCAAACACCCGCAGUCAACCAGUAAGGAUCUUCAAGAGAAGACUUCCUCCAGCGCGGCCAGUGGCGAAAAAACGAUUAAGAGGCCCGAGGAAUGGAAGGUCCCACCUCCCAAGCGCCUGGCUCGUUUGGUCAAUGCUCACCAGAAGAUAGUAUCUCCGUCGGUGCAACGAUUGGAUAAACCUGGGAAGUCGAAAAAACCCACCGCAGAUCAAUUCCGUUCGACUGGCCGGGAUGGGGCUGCCUUAGACCCGGCGUUAUCCGCCGAUGAAGAGGAUGUGAAUGUUGCUGAUGAAGAGCAGACUGAGGCCCGAUCUUCUGCACUGGUCAACCAGAUUAAGUCCCUCAUCAAAGUGACUCCCAAGAACGCUCCCAAGAAAUCGAAGUCCAAGAAGUCGGUGCACAACUCAACUGGUCCCUCGAGUUUGGUUUCAAUGGAAAUCGAUCAACCGGUGUCUGAUAACCGCCCGACCAAGUUGGCGACUAUUCAAGGUCACAAAAAGGUGUCUGGAGGCCCGAGUAAUUCUAUCGACAAGUCUGACAAGAUGCAUGUCGAUCCGCCCGCUCUCGUCAAUCUAAAGAAGACCUUUGCUAUGACUGCCGCCGUGCCUGCCAACCAGACCAGCGCUCCUGGUGUCACGCCCUCAACUCCUGCCCCAAUGGGUCAUCUCUCCAAAGAUCAAGCAGCCCUCUCGCGCAGGUUCCCGCAGAAGACCCCUGUGAAUACUGGUCACUUAACCCGAACUCCCUCAACCUCGACUACUAUCUCAAAUGCUGUGCUUCCUAACUUGGCUAAAGCUUCUCUGGCUGAAAUGAAGGCCAUGAGAGGAAUAUGGAUACGGGAUAAGGAUAACACCGCUGCGAACGUUUCCGAGCUGCGAAGGGAGGGUUAUCACUUGCUCGCACCGGCUGCCUAUGAGUACCAAGAUCAACACCUCAGGAGGGUGACGAGGUUUUGUUCCCAGCUGGACCGCAAGAUUGAAGAGUCGGAGCGUGCUGGUGUAGUGGAAGAGAUUGAAGUCAUUGACUUGACGGAAGAACCUGAUGAUCCUACGGAGACGACCGUUGUUGGAUCGACAGGUGCCAAGAGGCCCAUUGAGGGGUCAACAUCAAUGUCUGUUGAUGACAGCCCUGUUGAGUCCAAGAAGGCUCGAAUGUCCGGCUCAGCUCCCGUAAAGAUUGAUCCUCCAAACCUGGGCCCUUACGGCUUCCGUGCGAUCUCCGAUACGGAAGCCGCUCUCGCUGGCCUCACUCCCCGUUUCCCGGUUAAUAAGCAGCCCUCGCUUUCGGAGUUCAUCAGUCAAUCAAAUCCUUCUCUGAUGCUGCCACUGUCGGGCAAUACGUCAAAGCCUCCUCCCCAGCCGACGACCGGUAACCUGCGGUCGGCUGCCGCCUCAUCCGGUUUGACUGGGCCCGAGAUUUCCAACUCGUCAUCUGCGCAGGGUGUGGCUGGUUCCUCCCCUUCUCUAGUUCUGCCUUCAACAUCUGUCUCAGCACCCGCUCCCUCUUCUCUGGUGCCGCCUUCUACAUCCAAUGUCCUUGACUCAGCGGCCUCAGGUGCUUCUACUUCGAAGAAUGCUUCUCAACCGUCUCUCGUUUCUAAGUCUCAGUCGAAGCCGGUGGGUUCAGCUCAACGUGUUACAAGGGGCUCCUUGCGGACUUCCCAACCGACUGCGGCAUCAAAGUCUAAAUCAAGUGAAAAGAUCUCAAACACUACAACUCCGCAGCCCACCAAUGACAUUCCUCCUGCCUCAAAGGACGUGCCUCCGGCCACGAAUGCCGAUCCUCAAGCCACCAAUGAAGUUGCUCCUGCCUCGACAGAUGUUCCUCCUGCUACGAAUGAUGUUCCUCCAGCCACGAAAGACUUGCCUGCUAACUCUACUCUGGACGACUCCGCUCAACAGUCUCAGGGCGGUCAAUCAACCAAUGCCCCUUCUGCCUUGCCUCCAUCUGGGAGGGUGUUGCCGAAUUCGACCUUGCCAGAAAAAAAGAAGGAUGCUCAAAACAAGGAUAAGGAUGUUGUUGACGAGGGGGUGGACGAGUUGGAGGAGCUGUCAGACAAGGAGGAAGCUCCAAAGAAGCGAGGUGGUAAAGGGAAAGGCAAGGCCCAGAAGAAGACUCCGAAAACACCGAAACCGCCAAAGACGCCCAGGCUUAAAGUGUCGGAAAUGACGCCAGAACAGAAACUCGAGCGGGAUCGAAAGGUAAAGCAGAGGAAGGAGGAGAAGGAUAAUUGUGUGUAUGCAAUCCCUCCUCAACCAGGUGCUUUAUUAGCUCCAAUGUGGCCCCCGCUAACGUGCGAGGAGGCUCGGAUAGCUCACAAGGACAUGCUGGUCAAAUCAAGGAAUCCUCACUGGAACUACGGCCCCGAACUCAUGGACAGGGUGGCAAAGAUUGUGAAGGCUUUUGGAGACGAUUUCGAGGAUGACGAGUUUUACACGAAAAUGGAUAACUUUAAGCCUGACUUGGAAGCCAUCCAAGCCUUUGGCUUGGUGUAUAAGGAUGAGUUUUUGAACUUGAUUCCAACUUGCCCAAGGCUUGUGCAGGUGGACGCAGCCGAUCCGUUCUUCAAAGAAGGUGUUGUAGAUCUGUCGAUGAUUAAGGCGGCGCAUGACUCGGACGACAAAGUCAAGGCCUCAUCUUGGCAGUGCUUGUACGGAAUGAUGAUCAGGACGGAUGAGCACAGCGAUUAUACUGAGGAUCCGCAUACGGUCAAGGCAAUCGACUCGUCGUUUCGGAAGAUCCACACUCUCACCCAGUCUUGUUUCGACCACUUCCAUCACUAUGUUCUACCUAGCAACAAGCCGGUCUGCGACACAUCCGCAACUUGGAAGCAAGAUACGAUGUUCCAAUCUGGCGAGUUUGUAUUGGCGAAAAUCAAGGCCUUGAAAGCUGGUGCCCAGGGAACUGCUAGCCAUGGGAAUAAACGAACGGGAAACGGCCUUAUGAUCUUACAGAAACGGAUUUGGGAGACUCUUUUCUGCUGUCUGAUGAUGCAACAAGCGCUUUUUCUAGACGAUCUCGACCACUGUAUCAAGACCAAGUCCUUUCCGAACAAAACGAUGGUUGUUUCUCAAUACAUGACAGCAGAAGAUCGGAGCAAAAGUCUGUUCAAAACCGGAGACGUGAAGGACCUCAAGGACUCUAAGGCUCUCAUUGACUGGGGGCAAGAUCGUCUGGCGGCCUUUGGAUCGAUGGCGAUUUUUUUCUUGUAUGGUGCGGCUGGUUGGUGGCAGUGUCUGACUGACUCCCACAACUAUAACCAAAAGGAUGUCUGGGCACUGGUGUAUAUUGCUGAAGCUAAGGCGGAUUGGCUUUACAAUAACGGUCACUACCACGAGAGGACCCCUCAAGACACGCCAUGGUACCGGAUCGAUGGCUUUGUGCGUUGGCUACUCCACAAGACUAACAUGCAUCUCAGACUCACGGCAACGACAGACACGGUCGAUUGGCAAGCGGCGCCCCGAUUCUGGAAUCAACAUGUGACUGAACAAACGAUUGCUAGGCUAGCGCUGCAAGACAUACUGGCUGAAGUCUGUUCGAAGAGUCCACGCAAGUCACUCAAUUUUAAUGGAGAGGCGGCGCCAGAUGUUGUGGUAGACAAAGAAGAUAAGCCACUCGUUGACGAGUUCCGAUCGACUCUUACCUGCGGUUGGAAUGCUACGAUUCGUGCCAAUGAAGAUGCAAUGACUAGUCAGCCUGGGCCUGGUGAAGAUGAAGGAGAAGCUAACGGCGGCGGCGAAGGAGAAGCUAACGGUGGCGGUGAAGAUGAAGAGGCUGCUAACGGUGGGGGUGAAGAUGAAGAAGACCCUAACGAAACCCAGGAAGAAGGUGGAUUCAUCCGACCAAGUCAUAGCGGGCGUUCAGAGAACUCUUUUGCGACCAGGCGAGGUGGCAGCCCCAGCGAGGCUUCCUCAAGUUCAAGUUCGGACGAGAGUCAGGUCAAGGUCAAGUUGACUCAGACUAAGGGACGUAUCAGGCACCGGAAGCGUUCUUUGGUCCCUUCUUCCAGCUCUGAUGACUCUAGCUCUAGCUCUGGCUCUAGUGGUGAGGACGAGGAGGAGACAGACAUUGCAAGAUCUGACACUGAUGGUGGAUUAGAGGAGAGAAGCAGAAGACGUGCAGAGCACCCGAUGAUUGAGUACUCUGCAGGUGUAUCAAGGAAGAAGUAG